AGCACAUUGGCUGGACAGUGAACGACGGAAAUAAAUUGUGUGGAGUGACGAAUCCAAGUUUAACCUGUUUAACAGUGGUGGUACUGUUUAUGUUCGACUUCCGAAAUGUGAACGAAUAAAUAAAAAAUACAUAAAGCCAACUGUUAAACAUGGAAGAAGUUCUGUAUUGUAUGGGGGUGUUUUUCUUCGUACUGCGUUGGUCCAAAUCGCCAUAUAAAAGACAUAAUGGAUUGGUUCGUUUAUAGAGUGUCCUUAGUAAUAUUUUGGGGCUAUAUACAUAUAUUUCAACACAAAAACGAUCCAAAAUACACCUCAAAAUUGGUUAAAGAUUGGUUUUUAAGAGAAAAGGCCGAAGUAAUGAAGGAUUGUGGAUCUGUAGUAAAUACUUGAACGAAAAAUCAGCGGUACUAAUAUACGAAACAAGGCCGAUUUGUUUGAAAAAUUGUAUGAGGAAUUCUUGGGCUUGAAUAUGUCAACUGUUGAAAAUCCUGUGGAAAACGCAAUUAAGACGAAACUUAUAAAGGAACUUAACACAUCCUAUGUAGACGUCAUAAAUGAAUCAUACAUGCAUAAUGUGCCUAAAGGAUCCGAGACACAUUUCAAAGUCGUAGUUGUGUCAGAAAAAUUUAACAACCUUCCCCUGAUUAAGAGACACCGUUUAGUGAAUGAUGUGCUUAAAGAAGAAUUGCAGAAUGGAGUACAUGCCUUGUCUAUAUUGGCAAAAACUCCUGACCAAUGGAAUGAAUGUGAUAAAAAUGUGGAACCAAGCCCUAACUGUAGAGGUGGAUUUGGAAAAUAAAUACAAGCUUUAUUUUAA